UUUCUCCCUCUCACACCACUUCGACCGGCUUUACCAUUUGCGAAAUCGUCAUGUCGCAUACACUGACGUGGAGACGACGAUCGCAAACUGAUGACUUAGCUUUUUAGCAUCAACUGAACCUCCAAAGUCUCAACUGGAGGAUUUGAUCUUGUUUGAAAUAUAGGGUCCGCCCGAAGACCUUUGUAAACUCUCGCAAGACACUCAUCAUGGCAUCUUACCAUCGGGUGCUAGAAACCUUUGGCAGAUCGGUUCGGGACAAUACAUUGGAAUGUGACUGCGAUAUACACCCGUGGGAGAUCUCGAUCAAUGGAGAGCAAUGGACGGGUAAGAUCCGGCUGAUUGGGUUUAUCGAUGUAUUUUUUCUCAUCUCCUACUCGGCCAACGCAAGAUUUGAGCAUGGGAUUAUUGUCUACAAGGAGAACGGGGUUUUCGAGGCCGUCGCAGGGUACAAGGCCGAUCGAUUGUUCCCCGGCGAGGAAGAAUCCAAAUCAACCCAUGUUCAGCCCCAAGCUGACCAGAACACGGAGGAUAGCGAGAUCUCUGAUCCUGAAGAAGGUCCCGACAGUGCCCGACACCGACUCUGGAAGGCGUCUGCAAGUCAUGGGGAAAAUUCCAGCCGCAUCAACCAGCAGAAGGGCAGACCCAACGACGGGCAGGAAUAUUCGGGCGGCGUAACCGAGUAUUACAGAUCCAGUACGUUCACGACCAAGGGUCUGGGUCAUCAGAUCGGACUCAGGGCUACCUAUCGCAUGUCGUCUGUUCGCGAAUAUACCGUCGAGAUCGUCAAGCCAUGCAAUGGGGCAUUGAACAAGCGUAUCCGACGGGGCAUGAAACCACAUAGCACCGCCGAGCUGAUGAAAGACGCCGUACGCUGCGGGAUCAUAACGCAAGGACAGCUGGCGGGUCACAUCAUCGAAGUUCUGCUUGCGGGCUCGCGUCUCGACGACACAGCCAAGAAGUACUUAGAGGGGUUAAAAUCAGGAAAUGAUGCAGGGAGACAUUUCUUGUCGAACGAAAGGACCUAAUCUUUGUAGAUGGAUGCAAAAAGAUUACCAUCCGCCUUCGGGCACCAUUCUGCUCUUCAUCCCAAUCAUCCACGCUAGAGUAGUCGCGCUAACCCAAGC